UCAUCAUGAUCCGGUCGCUUAUCGUUGUUCUCAGCUGUUGCCUGAUCUUGGCCUUGGGGUACUCCCUGGAGGAGGUCACCGAAGAGUUUGAGGGAGGCACUACCCCACCGAUCAUUGACCAUGGUUUCCCCUCUGCUUAUGAUGAUCUUCCUGAGCUUAAGGAGCCCUCUGCCCAGGACCAAGAUGUACUGGUGGCCAACAAGAUCAACUGGCUCCCAGUAUACGAAGAGUCGGAUAACUUGAGACUGGUCCGGGAAGUAGACCAAGAACAGGCUACCACUCUUCUUCCUGAAACAUCUCCAGCUAAUCCCUUAUUAGUGAAGGAAAACAAAGAUUGUCCAACGGAUGCUCAUCGUGGACUGACAAACCUCAUCCGUGUGGCUCGUCCACUUUUGCCCGUCUCCCGUCUGGCUAACAUCCUUGCCAACGCUGCCGAGGAUCCUCAAGUGCAGAACCUUAUCAAACUGCUGCGCAGCGAUCGCUUCAAGGAGCAGGUGUCGAAGCUGAGGUCCUCCAAGCAGCACCAGGCCCUGUUGGCCUUCAUCUGCCAAAAGCUCCAGCUGGAUCCCACCGUCUACAUUCAGUAUGUGAGGGUAUUCCUGAAUGUUCACACAUCCGAGCCUCCAACCAGUCCGCUGCCCAACCGUCGCCAGGGAAUUCGUGGCCUCCUUCAGGAUCUUCGGGAUGCCCUGCCCCGUGCCGCCUUGAGGGACAUGUAUCUCCGUCUCUAUUCCUCGGACUCACAGUUGGCCAACUCGGUGCGUCUCAUUCGUGGUGUUGAGUUCCGGCGAUUGUUGCGUAAUCUGCGAGGCUUGAAGGAGUACCAAUCGAUUGUCGAGGAUCUGGAGAAAUCGGGAGUGUCCGUUCGCCAGGUUCAUAUGUUGGUGUCCAAUGCCCUGGGCUGGAGUUCUGUUGACUUUGGUUCUGAGACCUCAAUCGUGGAUGUCUAGAGACGCAUGGAAGUUGGGAAGAUUUACUUUUCGAGGAACGAUAAACAUCUUGAACUAUUAUCAGUAUUUUAAAAACUAAAAAAUAAUUCUUUACGAAUAGUGCAUUUUUGUAAACUUAGCUUAUAACACCUUCUUUCUAUUUUAAACCUAUCAUUCUCAUCCAAAAUACGUAAAAUUGAUUAGGUGCAGGAACUCAUUCUUUCUCAACGCCUUA